AUGAGCGAGGAACAGAUGAAGUCGGUGCACAAAUACCUGACCCUCGCCAUUAUGACCCAAUGGUCGAGCGCAAAGGGUGGUGCACCGCAAUUUGUGGGCUUCGUUCACAAGACAGGCUGGAUCCUGGUCACAUGUUGCAACCAGGCGAGCAAGGACUGGCUUAUGAACGAGGUGCCAAAGGCGAAGCCGUGGCCGGAGGCGACACUCUCUGUUAUCCCAGAGGGAGAGCUGCCCAAACCAGCUACGGCGGUCACCUUUAUUCCGGAGUCCGAGGCGUCCUCAAUAGAGGAUGCCUUGGUGCUGCUCAGAGCCCAGAACUUUGGCCUGAACACGGAGCUCUGGAAGGUGCUAGGGGAGAAGGCUGAGCAGGGUGGCAGGGUCGCCACCUUUGCCCUGGAUGAGCCUUCUGCCGAAGCUCUUAAAGCCAAUGGCGGUGAGGUGGUAAUUGGCUUUAAGAAGGUGCUGUUCCGGAUGAAGGGGGGGCCAAAUGCUCCCCCCAAAGAAACGGUCCAGCAAACCCAGCCCCCCGCUGAACCUACUCCAGGCCCCAGUACUGCGGUACCUGGCAGUCGACCGCAAAUCCCCCAGGGCUCUCGUGGCCUGGGUGGUGGGCGUUCGGCAGCCAGAGGGACGGGAGGCAGGACGAGAGGCUCGUUACCCGGUCGUGGCAGGCCCCAGAACUCGGUGGCAAGAGGGUCCCUAAGGGGAACUCCGAUCCAACGAGGCAGGGGAAUGCCCAAUCGGGUACGAAAGAACAACGCCUAA